AUGUCGGAUAUCAACGAAGACGGGCUGAAGAAAGCCAUUGAACAGGUCAAGGGAGCAGUCGGUGACAAGCUUGUCUCGGCAAUCAAGCUCGAGUACAAGAAAGCAGAUGUAUCCAAAGAAACUGAUGUCAAGGCCCUUGUUGACCAUGUCGAGUCGUGGGGAGGUGUUGAUAUCAUGUUCAACAACGCCGGAAUCAUGCACCCUAAAGACGACGGAGCUCUCAACACCGAAGACAGUAUCUGGGACUUGACCCAGAACAUCAACGUCAAGGGUGUUUUCUACGGCUGUAAACACGCCAUUGCCUCGCUUCUCGCCAACAAGAAAAAGGGUUCAAUCAUCAACACAGGAUCGUUUGUCGGACUCAUGGGAGCAGCUACUCCUCAAAUCGCAUACACCGCUUCUAAAGGAGCAGUUCUUGCUAUCACCCGUGAACUGGCCGUAUGCUACGCCCAGUCCGGGAUCCGAGUCAACUCUCUCUGCCCUGGACCUCUUAACACGCCUCUUCUGCAAGCAUUCCUCGACACCGAAGAGAAGAAGACUCGCCGUACCGUCCAUCUCCCCAUGGGCCGAUUUGGCGAGGCCAUUGAACAGGCCAAGGCGGCCGUGUUCCUGGCCUCGGACGACGCCUCAUACGUCACCGGUCAAGACUUCCUUGUCGACGGCGGACUCACCCGUGCCUACGUCACUGGCCUCCCUCCAUCUACGGGAGUCCCCGCCGGCCCCGAAAACGUCCUCUUCGGCAAAUAA